AUGGCUCAAGAAGCAAAGAACUUCGACCCAAAGUACGACCACUAUGACUUCCCCACGACAGCGCCCGAGCCGCGCCCUGGCCACCCGGGCCACACCACCGAGGAGCAGGACGCAAAGGUCUUUCAGCUGCGUACCAUGCUCGAGCAAGAAGGGUAUACUCAGCGUCUAGACACGUUGACUCUGCUGCGGUUUCUGCGAGCUCGCAAGUUCAAUGUUGAGCUGGCCAAGGCUAUGUUCAUCGAUUGUGAGAAAUGGAGAAAGGAAUUCGGAACCGAUGAUCUGGUGGAUACCUUUGACUAUGUCGAGAAGCCCAAGGUCUUUACAUAUUACCCGCAAUACUACCACAAGACCGACAAGGACGGCCGGCCUGUGUAUAUCGAAAAGUUCGGCAAGAUCGACCUCAACGCCAUGUACAAGAUCACCACGGCCGACCGAAUGCUGAAAAACCUCGUGAGCGAAUACGAAAAGCUGGUUGAGCCGCGGCUGCCUGCAUGCUCUCGCAAGGCCGGCAAGCUGCUCGAGACGUGCUGCUCCAUCAUGGACCUCAAGGGUGUCGGUAUCACCAGCGUGCCCUCGGUAUACGGCUAUGUGCGCCAGGCCUCGGCCAUUUCGCAAAACUACUACCCGGAGCGGCUUGGUAAACUGUACCUGAUCAACGCUCCCUGGGGGUUCAGUAGUGUCUUCAGUGUUGUCAAGGGGUUUUUGGACCCCGUGACAGUGGAAAAAAUCCAUAUUUUGGGAUCUGGAUACCAGUCGGAAUUGUUUGGCCAGAUUCCAAAGGAGAACCUCCCCAAGGAGUUUGGUGGUACCUGUGAGUGUGAAGGUGGCUGUGAGUUCAGUGAUGCUGGCCCAUGGCAAGACCCGGAAUGGACGAAAUCUACUCCUGCUACUAAGCAGGAAGAAACUCAACAACCCGAGGAGGAAAAGGCCGAUGCUCCUGCUGAUGCCCCUGCUGCUGCUUAA